CCACCUCUGGUUCUUAUACAUACAUAGAUUUAUUUGAUGUUUUGGAGAUAUAUGGCCCUUACUUCAGGUAUUUAAUGUAAUGAUGGCCAAGAAACAAGAUUAUGAGUCCAUUAAAAAAUCUUGUUUAAAGAAAGGAGAAAAUUUUAACGAUCCUGAAUUCCCAGCAAAUAAUAAAUCAAUAUUUCAUAGCAAAGUCGACGAUGAUAUUGAAUGGAAGAGGCCAGGCGAAAUAUGCAGAUCUCCACAUCUAAUAGAGGACUUUAGCCCUUAUGAUUUACAUGAAGGAGAACUAGGAAACAUGUGGUUUGUGACAGCUAUUGGUACACUGAUAUCGCACAUGGAAAGAAUGGAACAGGUUAUUCCAAAUAUCAAGAAACAAGAAUGGAAAGGAGUCAUGGAGAAACAAGAGUAUGCAGGAGUGUUCCAGUUCCGGUUUUGGAGGUUUGGAGAAAUUGUUACUAUUAUAGUCGACGACAAACUUCCUACGAAAGAUGACAAGUCACUGUACUGUCAUUCAAGGACUCGUGAAGUAUUCUGGUGUGGAUUGUUAGAAAAAGCUUAUGCUAAACUCUAUGGUGACUAUGAGUCGUUAACAAACGGAGAGGCAAUAGACACACUGGUUGACCUUACAGGUGGGGUAGCUGAGAGAAUUAAUCUGAUCAAUAAUAAAGACGAAAAGGGACGAAAUACAUUGUUUGGAAAACUGAAGGAAGACUGCGAGAAUGAAGCACUUAUAAUUUGCUAUAUUCAGGUCAAACCUGGCGACAAGCGUGGAAAAGAAUUACCACAAGGCUUCAUUCUCGGGCAUGGUUACAGCGUUACUGCAGUGAAAGAACUAUUGCAGGGCAAUACUAAACUAUUGAUGAUAAGACUGGCUAAUCCGUGGGGCAAGAUGGAAUGGAAUGGUCCAUGGUCUGAAACAUCGAGUGAAUGGCAAAAAAUGGGUCCAUUACAAGAAGCUGAACUGCCCAUCUCAAAAGACAAAGGAGAAUUUUGGAUGACAUUUGAUGAUUUUUUAAACCAUUUAACAAAUGUUGACAUAUGCCAUAUUGUGAAGCCAUCGAACGAAUUUAUACUGCAUUCUGAGUGGACAGGUCGUUCUGGUGGUUGUGACUAUAAAACGCAGUCAUUCUUGACCAAUCGGCAGUUUAUUAUUGAAAUACAACAAGACGAAGAUGAACUCGUUGUGUCAUUGGAGCAGCAUGAUAUAAAACCGAGCAAAUCACAUACGGGAAGAACUUUAAAUACAAUUGGAUAUUCGAUUAUGAAGGUUGAAGAGAACAGAUUGUACAGAUUGCAUAUACCGGGUAAACUUAUUGAACCACCAAACAUGAUCAAAACGCGGAGCAUAUUUGGAAAAAGAGUUUUAUCUAGUGGCAGAUAUGUGAUCAUACCAUGUACAAAAGAUCAGAAAGAACAUGGUCCAUAUUUGUUGCGAUUAUAUACCAACGGUACAGCUUUUGUAAGAGAAUUAAUUGAAGAAGGGCCUUCAACUGUAUGGCCUUGUUUAAGUUUGCCAUCAAUGGUUACGACACUUGCCGUGUUGAGUGUAGAAAAGAUUGUAAAACCAGAAGGGUCUACGGACAAAGAUUUUACUCCAAAAAUUGUGAUACAGUGUGAAGGUGAAAAGGUUGUAUUAGGAAUACCAUUAGAGUUGAACAACAAAAAUGAAUGGGAAACAAAAUCAGACUUUGAACAUAUCAAAGUAACAUUUUAUCGAAAAAAGCCGAAUCAACCUAUAAUUAUAGAGGUAUUCAAUAGUAAUAAGAUAAUAGACGAUUUUUGUUGUCAAGCAAGAGUUACCGAAACUGGUGGUGAAGAGGGGAAAUCAGUCAAGUGUGACGUGUAUGGUAGAAAGAAAGAAAAAUACACACAGAAACCGGGAUACAUUCAUGUUUUGGUUCAAUCAAGUCACGAUCUUCAUUUUUUGUAAACUUUUGUAUAAUUCAGUGUUUCAACUUUGUGUUCCACAUAUACAACAUGGAAAUCUUUCUCACGACGGAUAUAUAACAUGUAUAAGCUUUGUUUAAAUGUGUAUGCAUUUAACGCUGUUUUUUACCAGUUUGAUAAACCACACGUUGGUUAUAUUUUGUGUGUUGAGUUAUUUUAGGUGAUACUGAGUAAUAUAUUUCAUGAUUUUGAGUCACUAUGUGUUAAGCAAAUAAAAGGAAUGUCUCUAAUUUUAAUAAAUAUUCUGUAAUUGAUAGCAAAAUUUAGCAAUGGUUAAAGAAUAAUGUAUUAGUACAUGUACAAGUAAUGCUUUAAGUAUUGCUCAGUAAAUAUAUGCACAUAACUUUAUUUACUAUCUGAUUCACGCGUUGAUAAAUAGACCAACCUUUUAAAUUAAAAAUAGAUGAUAAACAACAUGAAAAACUUUCUUUGUUUUAAUCAUUUUAUUUUCUUUUUUUUUUAAUUUUAUUUAUUAAUAUAAGCUACCUCUCGACCAACUCUUUAGUGCUUUUAACGAGCUACCUCUCCAACAACCAUAUUUUUUUCAUUGAAAAUGCAACAGUAGUCAGAAACAUCAAUAUCAAAUACUAGUAACCAUGAAUUACUGCCAUUAUUUUUGAAAAGCUGAACAAAGCCAAACGACCACUAAAUGCUGAUUGGAUGAUGUUGUGUUUUUCAUCUUCAAUCAAAUACUAUCUAUUCAAACGGGAAUUUAUGAUAUAAUAUGUUACAUUUGGUGAAUAACUAUUAAAUUCAUAUGAAACCUCAAAUAAAAAACAAAUGAUGCAUAUGGACUAAUGGAUACUUUUCAUUAUAAAACUUAUGUACAAGUACUUUUUUCUGAAGAAAAUUCGUUAACUUGACCACAUUUAGAAGAAGUCCGGUGACCGUUAUUCGCAUGAAUCUGUUGUUGAAAUAAACUUUUAUUUGAUUGUACAGUUAAUACACGUGCUCAAUAUUCACGUUUCUUUGUUGAUUGUUUACUAUGAGGUGGUAAUAGGUAAACUAUGGUUUCAAAACACGGCAAUUAAUUAGCAGUCAUAUUUUCUCGCCAUAACAGACAUAGAGAAAAGAAAUGACGAUUAUACGAUCUGUUUGCGUAAAAGAUCAUUAAAUCGUGCACAGAAGACUAAGUUUAUGAUAUAUGCAAGCAUUGGUUGAUGAAAUGGAUAAAAAAAAAAUCACCAGUCACACGUUCCAUAUGACUUUAAUUCUAACAAGACCUAGGUAAAACAUUAAAAUGACAUUUUAUAGGCACACAAAUUUUGUUAAAACAUUAUUCACAGUAUUUGUAACUAGUUUUAAACAAUGUUUUAGUAUUAUUUGUAUGUAAUAUCAAGUUAUCAAAGCAUAUAUUAAAAUAUUA